AUGUCGGAUUACGAGUCGGACGAAGAACCUACGGCUGCCGAUGAAACUGUUCUUAACAAGUAUAAGGUUGCUGGUGAGAUUGCACACACUGUUUUGAAGGAACUUAUGAAACAAUGUGUCCCCGGCGCAAAAAUUAUUGAGCUCUGUGAGUAUGGAGAUCGUCGAAUCGUCGAGGAAACAAAUAAACUCUUUAAGAAAGAGAAGGAAAUGAAGAAGGGGAUUGCGUUUCCUACUACUAUUAACGUGAAUAACUUCAUUUGUAAUUAUUCGCCAAUCGCGGGGGAGGAGAACGCCAUUGAGGAACUCAAUGACGAGGAUUUGGUGAAAAUCAAUUUGGGUGCACAUAUUGAUGGCUUUUCGUCCGUUAUUGGUCAUACCUUCGUGGUCGGCGCUGGUCCCGAAAAAAAGGUAACAGGUCGGAGAGCUGAUGUUAUAGUUGCAGCGAACAUCGCUGCUGAAGUUGCUAGACGCUUGGUCAAACCAGGAAAUGAAAAUUACGAGGUGUCGGACAUGAUCACAAAAGCAGUUGCUGAUUUCGAUUGCAGACCUAUUCAAGGCGUUCAGUCUAAUCUCAUGAAAAAACUUGUUUUCGAUGGUGAUAAGAGCAUAGUGUUAAACCCGGAUGAUGACCACAAAAAGGGCGUUGAAAAGUGUACGUUCGAAAUGUAUGAGGCUUGGCUGCUUGAUAUCGUAAUUUCAACCGGCAGUGGAAAGACGCGAGAGCACACUGCUAGAACGACGUUAUUCAAGAAGAAUGAAACGGUUUACCACUUGAAGAUGAAGGCGUCAAGAAAGUUCUAUAGUGAGGUUUCUACGAAAUUCCAGGAAUAUCCUUUCAAUAUAAGGUCGGUUGAGGAUAUAAAGUCAGCACGUUAUGCUGUUACUGAAUGCGCAAAUCAUAAUGUUAUCACCCCGAUGCCUGUUCUCGUAGAGAAAGAAAAGGAGUUUGUUGCACAAUUCAGGUUCACCGUGAUACUGAUGCCCAAUGGAUUGAUGAAGAUCACGGGGCUACCUUUCGAUUCCUCUUUAUACAAAACUGAUUUCAAAACCGUAGACCCCGAAGUUAAGGAUCUUCUUAGUCAGCCAGUGAAGUCGUCAGGUGGAAAGAGGAAGAAGCCUGUGAAUGCUAGCAACGAUCAAGGUAGACCUGCUGCACAAAAUGCGUAA